AUGGCGGCUGAAAUUGGCCACAUUGCCGAGUUGCUCAACGCAACCCUCGAUUCCUCUCAGCACCGAAAAGCCGAGAACGCUCUCAAGCAAGAGGCGGCCAAGCCGCAAUACUCGCUAACCCUCCUCAACAUUGUCAAUUCCGAAUCCCUCCCCAUCAACACCCGACUCUCUGCUGCCUUGGCCUUCAAAAACUUCAUUCGAUACAACUACGUGGACGAAGAUGGCAACUACAAACUAGCGCAGGAUGAGGUGCACACCAUCAAGGAGCGCCUCAUUGGCCUCAUGAUCUCGUGCCCUUCCAGCGUCCAGAGCCAGCUCGGAGAAGCUAUCAGCGUCAUUGCCGACUCGGACUUUUGGAGACGAUGGGACACCCUUACCCAGGAACUUGUCAGCAAGUUCUCCACUACCGACCCCAAGGUCAACAUAGGCGUCCUGGAAGUCGCGCACUCUAUCCUCUCCCGUUGGAGGCCGCUCAUGCGAACCGACGAGCUGUACACCGAGAUCAACCACGUCAUUGCCACAUUUGGCCAGCCAUUUGUCCAGCUCCUCGUGACCACCGACCGCAAGAUUGCGCAAAAUGCCGAUGACAAAGUUGCCCUCAAGGGCUGGUUCGAGACGUUGGAUCUCCAGAUCAAGAUUCUGCACGACAUGUCAUCGCACGACCUGCCUCCAAUCUUUGAAGAAAACCUUGAAAGCAUCUCCAGCUUGCUGCACAAGUACUUCACUUACUCUAACCCGAACCUGGAAACCGACGACGACAGCGAAGCGAGCAUCGUCGACACCGUCAAAGCAGACAUAUGCGAACUGCUCGAGCUCUACACGAUCAAGUACGACGACGACUUCUCCAGGUUCUGCGACCCCUUCAUCUCGAGCGCGUGGAAUCUGCUGUCUUCGACUGGCCUGGAGACAAAGUACGACAACAUCGUCAGCAAGGCUCUUCACUUCUUAACCGCCGUCGCGUCCACCUCUCAGCAUGCGGGCAAGUUCAACGACGAAAACGUCCUCACCCAGAUUGUGGAAAAGGUCAUCCUCCCCAAUGUCGCCCUGCGAGACUCGGACAUGGAGAUGUUCGAGGACGAGCCCAUCGAGUUCAUUCGGCGCGAUCUCGAAGGGUCCGACACCGACUCGAGGCGCAGAUCUGCGACGGAUUUUCUGCGAAAGCUGCAGGAAAGGUUCGAGUCUCUGGUCACCGUCAUCGUCUCCCAAUACAUCGAGCAUUACCUCACCCAGGCCAAGGCAGACUGGAAGGCCAAGGAUACGGCAAUCUACCUGUUCCUGUCUAUUGCGGCCAAGGGUGCGGUCACGGCCGCGCAGGGUGUCAAGACUGUCAACCCGAUGCUCAACGUGGUCGACUUUUUCGAGCAGCAUAUUGCCUCGGACCUGGUGGGCAGCGACCAGGUACAGCCCAUCUCCAAGGUCGAUGGCAUCAAGUACCUCUAUACCUUCCGCAGCCAGCUGUCGAAGGAGCAAUGGAAGCUCGCGCUGGGUCCGCUCGUCCAGAACCUGAACUCGUCCAACUAUGUCGUCUACACGUACGCCGCCAUUGCGGUCGAGCGUGUGCUAUUCUUGGCCGACGACGCCGGCAACCAAAUGUUCCCGCGCGCGGAUAUCGAGCCUUUCGCCAAAGACCUUUUGACGCAUUUGUUCAAGCUGAUCGAGAAGGACACGAGCCCGCCAAAGCUGCAGGAGAACGAGUUCUUGAUGCGAUGUGUGAUGCGGAUCCUCAUCGUCAUCAAAGACGGCGCCGCGCCCAUGCUGGACAACGUUUUGACUCAUCUGAUCCUCAUCACCAACGUCAUGAAGCAGAACCCGAGCAACCCCAGGUUCUAUUACUAUCACUUUGAGGCCAUGGGCGCCCUGGUCCGCUAUUGCUCGACGACUAGCGCCACUCUCUUCAACGAGAAACUGUGGGACCCGUUCCACAAGAUCCUGGCCGAGGACAUCACCGAGUUCAUUCCCUACACCUUCCAGAUUCUCGCGCAACUGCUAGAGUCAGCCCCGUCCGAGGCCAUUUCGGACAACUUCAAGGCGCUCCUCGGUCCGCUGCUCACCGCACCCUUGUGGGAGACCCGAGGCAAUGUGCCAGCCUGCACCCGGCUGCUGUCCGCAGUGAUUCCCAAGGCGUCCAAGAUCAUCAUCGCAGAGAGUCAGCUGGAGCCCGUCUUGGGAAUCUUCCAAAAGCUCCUGAGUGGGAAGAAGUCGGAGUUGCAGGCAUUUGACAUCCUCGACGCCAUCAUCCACUCUUUUGAGCCGGCGACACUGGACAAUUAUAUGGGCACCAUUAUUCAACUGCUCUACACGAAACUGCAGGGAUUCCCCACGGACCCGUUCAAGCUCCGAUUCGCCCGAUUCUAUCAUCUCGUCGGGGCAAAGCUAGAGGCUGGCUAUGGUGCCGACUACUUCAUCAAGCAGUCUAACCAGGUGGACGAGAGGGCCUUUACCCAGGUCUACCCGCCCUUUGUCCUUGCCGAGACGGAGAAGCUUGCGAGGCCGGUCGACCGCAAGACGGCCGUGGUGUCCCUGACCAAGACGCUGUGCGACUCGGAGGCGUUUGCACAGAAGUUCAUGAAGGGAUGGGCCAACAGUUGUCGGAUCCUGCUCUCUCUGCUCGCCAACCCACCGACGGUGUCGGCCGGGAUGGACAACGAGAUCAUCACCGAGGCCUCUGUCGACGACAUUGGGUUCGGGCUCACCUUUACCGCCCUCAACACGUGCAGGCCCCUGGCGUGCGACGACUUUCCCGAGAUCGUCGACGUCACGAAGUGGGUCAGGGAGUACAUGGCCGCGGCCAACACGCGCCACGGCGGCACCGUCGAGGGCUUCAUCACGCAGCGGCUUCCGCCCGAGCAGCAGGAGGCCAUUGCGCAGUACAUGCGCUAG